AUGGCAAUGGACGCGGCUGUGGCCGAGAAGAGCGGCGGCGGAGCUGGAGUGACUGGGGUCGCGGCGGCCGCGCAGGCGGGGAUGAACGGCGUUGGCGGCGGCGAGAGGCGGUCCCGGUUCCAGCGCAUCUGCGUCUACUGCGGCAGCGCCAAGGGCCGGAAGCCCAGCUACCAGGACGCCGCCGUCGAGCUCGGCAAGGAGCUGGUGGAGAGGGGCAUAGACCUGGUCUACGGGGGAGGUUCCAUCGGCCUCAUGGGGCUGGUCUCUCAUGCGGUUCAUGAUGGAGGUCGCCAUGUGAUUGGGGUCAUCCCAAAAUCCUUGAUGCCCAGAGAGGUAACUGGUGAGCCUGUUGGGGAAGUAAGGGCAGUCUCCGGCAUGCAUGAGAGGAAGGCCGAGAUGGCUCGGUUUGCUGAUGCCUUCAUAGCGUUACCUGGCGGCUACGGAACUCUGGAAGAGCUGCUUGAGGUCAUCACCUGGGCGCAACUAGGAAUCCAUAAGAAGCCGGUUGGGCUUCUGAACGUGGAUGGAUUCUACGACCCGUUGCUGUCCUUCAUCGACAUGGCUGUGAACGAAGGAUUCAUCAAGGAGGACGCUCGGCGCAUCAUCAUCUCAGCUCCUACGGCGAAGGAGCUUGUUCUGAAGCUUGAGGAGUAUGUUCCGGAGUACGAUGUCGGUUUGGUGUGGGAGGAUCAGAUGCCGGCUGCAGCUGCCGCUGCCGCGCACGGGUUCACCCCGGAGCUGGAGCCCGGGAUCGCCUCCUGA